AUGGCCAGCAAAGAGAUACUCAGCGGCUGUAACAGAUAUUGCAGAAUGAAGGUUGUCGCAGCGUAUUUGUUGGCUCUUUUGGGAGGUAACACUACCCCAUCAGCUGAAGAUUUGAAGAAAAUUCUCGGUUCAGUUGGAGCUGAAGCCGAUGAUGAUAGAAUUGAAUUGCUCUUGUCCGAAGUCAAGGGUAAAGAUAUCACUGAAUUGAUUGCAUCCGGAAGGGAAAAGUUGGCUUCAGUUCCAUCCGGUGGUGGUGGUGUUGCUGUUGCUGCCGCCGCUGGUGGUGCUGCACCUGCUGCUGCAGCAGCUGCCGAACCAAAGAAAGAGGAGAAAGUUGAGGAGAAGGAGGAGUCUGAUGAUGAAAUGGGAUUCAGUUUAUUUGAUGACUAGAAGGGCGAUGAUACUUUUGUGCUCUUUUGUUUUGAUGCAUCUAAGGUUUUAUAUUUUGUUAUGAAGUUUUGGUAUUUUUUAGCUUGAAUUAUGUGAGACAAUUAAAAAGAUCUUGGAUGUAAAAGGAUUAGUUGAAAAUUUUAAGAUUUUUAAUUGAAGUGGUUUGAUUUGAUACUUCUGGUUUAUUUAUGCUUGUUAUCUUAAAUUUUAACAUG